AUGGCUGACUCCGCACAAAGAAAUAUAUGGGACAGAGUGAUAGAACUGACCAAAGAGGCUCAAGAAAAGAGUAGCGACCCUCUUCUCUGGGCAAUGCAGUUGUCUUCAUACUUGAACUCGGCGGAAGUGUGUGUAAGUCUUCCCUCUAUAGAGCUGGCGGAUGUGUUGGUUUCCUAUAUUUGCUGGGACAACAACGUUCCCAUCGUGUGGAAGUUCCUAGACAGGGCCUUGGUGCUCAACAUUGUGCCGCCUAUGCUUGUUCUUGCUUUGCUUUCUUCAAGGGUUAUCCCAAGUCGACUUGUCCAGCCAGCAGCGUAUAGGCUUUUCAUGGAGCUCCUCAAGAGACAUGUUUUUUCUCUUAAAUCCCAAUUAAAUGGGAUGAAUUAUCAAAGGGUUAUGCAAUCAAUAGAUACUGUUCUUCAGCUUUCCCAGAUAUUUGGUAUGCAAACAAGUCAAUCUGGGGCUAUUGUGGUUGAGUUCAUCUUUGCAAUUGUGUGGCAGUUGCUUGAUGCAUCAUUAGAUGAUGAAGGGUUGCUGGCAAAUACCUCAGAAAAGAAGCCUAGAUGGGUAACUAAUCCUCAUGAUAUGGAAAUAGAUAACUAUGGCGAGAAGCAGACUGAACAUCAUGAGAGGAUGCAGAAAUUUAACACUGUGAUGGCAAUUGAACUAAUUGGCCAAUUUCUGCAAAAUAAAGUAACUUCCGGGAUUCUCAACUUGGCGCGCCAAAACAUGUCCACGCAUUGGGAGGGUUUUACCCAGUUAUUACAGCUGCUUGCAACAAACUCAUCAGCAUUGAGAGAUACAAAAGUUAUAACUCCCGAGGCACUUCUGCAGUUUGCUUCUUGUACUCACAUGGUCUCUCGAAAAUGCAAAUUAAAGUCAAUGCAAAAGUUCCAUGACACUGUAGCUAUUGGACCUUUGGCUUCUUCUGCUGCUCUGUGCAAUGUGGCUAGUCAUUCUUCUCUUUGGCUCCCUCUUGAUCUGGUUUUAGAAGAUGCUAUGGAUUCAUCAGAGAUCAAUUCCAGAAGUGCUAUUGAAACUAUCACCUGUUUCAUUAAGGUCCUUCGAGCCAUACAUUGCACCACCUGGCACAACACCUUUUUGCUCCUGUGGAUUGCAGCUCUUCGUCUUGUUCAAAGGGAAAGGAAUCCCACUGAGGCCCCUAGGCCUCGUCUAGAUUCUCGCUUAUCCAUGUUACUGUCUAUCACAACUCUAGUGGUUGCCGAUCUUAUUGAGGACGAGGAAAGUGCAGCACUUGAUGAAACAGAAUAUGGCUCCACCAAUCACUGGGAAGAGAAAAGAGUUCCAGGAAAGUGUCGGAUUGAUUUGGUCUCCAGCUUACAAUUGCUGGGUGAUUACAAGGGCUUGCUGAUUCCACCCCAAUCCACUGCUUCUGCAGCAAACCAGGCUGCUGCAAAAGCGAUGUUCUUUAUUUCAGGCAUCAAUGCUGGAAAUGCCUACUUAGAAUGCGUCAGUGUGAAAGAUAUGCCAACUAAUUGUUCUGGAAACAUGCACCAUCUAAUAGUUGAGGCUUGUAUAGCUAGAAAUCUACUGGACACAUCAGCAUAUUUCUGGCCAGGUUAUGUGAACGGAAAAAUCAAUCAUAUACCUCAUAGUGUGCCUGCUGAGGUGCCUGGUUGGUCAUCAUUAAUGCAGGGGGCUUCGCUUACUCCAGUAAUGAUAAAUGCACUGGUUUCAAGUCCUGCUUCAAGCUUAAUGGAGCUCGAGAAAAUAUUCGAGAUUGCUGUCAAUGGAUCAAAUGAAGAGAAGAUAUCAGUAGCGAUGAUUCUUUGUGGGGCCUCACUAAUUCGGGGUUGGAAUCUACAGGAGCACACUGCUGAUUUUAUUGUUAGAUUACUGUCUCCUCCAGCUCCUGCAGAGUACUCUGGGAGUGAAAGCCAUUUGAUAGCUUAUGCUCCAUUGCUGAAUGGACUUAUUCUCGGAAUAGCAACCUCCGAUAAUCUUGAGAUUUUCUCACUACAUGGCUUGGUUCCAACACUAGCGUGUUCAUUGAUGUCAAUCUGUGAGGUUUUUGGGUCAUGUGUGUCCAGUGUGCUGUGCACUAUUGCAACAGGGGAAAUAAUCUCUGCUCGUAAUGUGUUUUCAAAUGCAUUUAUUGUUCUAUUGAGGCUAUGGAAGUUUGAUCAUCGUCCUCUUGAAAGGCGAGUUGGAGACCCAGCUGCAUUGAGACCAACUCCCGAAUAUCUCCUACUAUGCCAUAAUUCCCACCUGGAAUCUCCUGGAAAUGUCCACCAGGGUCGAAAUAAAAGGAGGCUCUCAGCAGUUGCAAGUUCAUCAAGUGUACACCCCAUAUUUUUUUAUUCAUUUCCAAAACUAAAAGCUUGGUAUCAGCAGCAUCUUGCAUGCGUAGCUUCCCCCCUCUCCAGACUUGAAGAGACCCCUCUUCAUCAGAUUGUUGAUGAGCUUCUUAAAAUUAUGUUUUCAAAUAUUUGCAAAGGAAGUCAGUCUUCUGUGCACUCUGUUACUUCUGGAAGUAGUGAUUUCUCUGGAACUAAAGAUGAAGAUGCCUUACUAAGACUCAAAUUACCCGCAUGGGAUAUACUUGAAGCCGUUCCUUUUGUAGUUGAUGUUGUUUUAACAGCUUGUGAUAAUGGAAAACUUUCACCGCGUGAAGUAGCUACAGGGCUUAAAAAUUUAUCUGAUAUUCUCCUUGCGUCUUUGGCAUCCGUUAUAAGCUACUUCUCUGCUGAAGUAACCAGGGGUAUUUGGAAACCAGUUUGUAUGAAUGGAACGGAUUGGCCCAGCCCUGAUGCAAAUCUAUCUAAGGUUGAAGAAAAGAUGAAGAAAAUCAUAGCUACCACUGGUGUUGACUUCCCAAGCAAUAUUGCUUCAGGUGGAAGCUCUACAGAUACACUUCCACUGCCCCUGGCUGCCUUUGUAAGCCUUACCAUAACCUAUAAAGCCUCUGAACAUUUUCUCAAUUUAGCUGGCCCCGCCUUGGAGUCCCUUGCAGCAGGUUGUCCGUGGCCUUGCAUGCUAAUUGUGGCUUCCCUGUGGACCCAAAAGGCAAAGCGCUGGAGUGACUUCCUUAUCUUUUCUGCAUCUCGAACUGCCUUCCUCCAGAACAAUGAUGCAGUGAUUCAGCUCCUUAAAAGCUGCUUUGCAGCCACACUUGGUCUGAAUGCUAUGCCUAUCUCAAGCAGUGGUGGUGGUGUUGGAGCACUUCUUGGGCAUGGACUUGGAUCCCAUUUGUGUGGUGGGAUUUCUCCUGUUGCCCCGGGUAUUCAUUAUCUACGCGUUUAUCGAUCCAUUAAAGAUAUUGUGUUCAUAACAAAAGAGAUUGUUUCUCUCUUGAUGCAUUCUGUCAGAGAAAUAGCAUCUAGUACUAGUGGGCUAAUUCCUAGAGAGAGAUUAAACAAGAAGUUAAGGAUGAGUAGGAUUGGAAUGGUGAGAUACACACAGCUUUCGCUUGCUGCAGCAAUGACUCGUGUCAAACUCGCAGCCACCCUUGGGGCUUCUUUCGUAUGGUUAUCCGGCGGCUUCAGUCUGGUUCAAUCCUUGAUAAAAGAGACUUUGCCUUCUUGGUUUAUAUCUGAGCACAAGGAAGGUUCUGAUUCUGAAGGGAUGGUUGCAAUGCUUGGGGGGUAUGCCCUUGCCUACUUUGCACUACUUUGUGGAGCUUUUGCUUGGGGUGUUGACUCAACAUCGUCUACAUCAAUAUGGCGUCCAAAAAUCCUUGGAAUCCACAUGGACUUUCUUGCAAGUGCACUUGAUGGGAAAAUAUCACUUGGUUGUGAUUGGUCUACUUGGCGUGCUUAUGUCUCUGGAUUCCUCACCAUAAUGGUGGCUUGCACGCCAAAUUGGGUGCUAGAGGUUGAUGUACAUGUGUUGAAGAGAGUAAGUAACAGGCUGAGACAAUGGAACGAGGAGGAGCUUGCUGUGGCUUUGCUGGGGAUUGGUGGGGUUGGUACCAUGGGUGCGGCUGCCGAGCUCAUAAUUGAAAAUGACGUGUAA